UCACUGUGUUCAGCGGAUCGUUACCUUCCACGCUGAGCUGGUGCACGUGGAUCCCUGGGCUGCGCGCUGGGCCUGGGACCCUCCCGGCAGGCAGAUCUGCAGGCACGCUGGUCCCCAGCCUGGCAUGAACCGCUUCCUGCUUCCAGUGUCCGUGGUGGGCACCGUGGUCGGUGGCACCGUGUUGCUCAAGCCAUCCUUGGCUACAUUUUGAGUUCCAGUCAAUUCUGGGCUAGGUGAGAUCCUGCCUUAAAACAAAAUCAUUGGUCUCAGAGAACUGGAUCUACAGGCUAGCCUUGAACUGGGCCAGGUAGCUGAGGAUGACCAUGACCUUCUGGCCCUCUUGCCUCGAUCUCCUGAGUACUGGGCUUGCAGGUGUGUGCCACCAUGCCCAGCUACAGUGAAUUUUUAAAAAUGAAUGACAGAGGACCGGUGUGAUGACUAAGCAGGGACUAUGUUGCUGGUGGGGCUUGUCCCAGCAAGGCCACCAUACCCGGGAAGACUGUCAUUGUGACAGGAGCCAACACUGGCAUUGGGAAACAAACUGCAUUGGAACUGGCUAAAAGAGGGGGGAACAUCAUUCUGGCUUGUCGUGACAUGGAGAAGUGUGAGGAGGCUGCAAAGAACAUACGUGGUGAGACCCUGAAUCAUCGUGUCCGUGCUCGGCACCUGGACUUGGCUUCCCUCAAGUCCAUCCGCAAGUUUGCGAGGAAGAUCAUUGAAGAGGAGGAGCGAGUGGACAUUCUGGUCAACAAUGCGGCUGUGAUGCGGUGCCCACACUGGACUACUGAGGAUGGUUUCGAGAUGCAGUUUGGUGUCAACCACCUAGGUCACUUUCUGUUGACGAAUUUGCUGUUGGACAAGCUAAAGGCCUCAGCCCCUUCACGCAUCAUCAACCUAUCGUCCCUGGCCCACAUUGCUGGGCACAUAGACUUUGAUGACUUGAACUGGCAGAAGAAGACGUUUGACACGAAAGCAGCCUACUGUCAGAGCAAGCUGGCUGUGGUCCUCUUUACCAAGGAGCUGAGCCGCAGGCUACAAGGUACGGGUGUGACUGUCAAUGCAGUGCACCCUGGUGUGGCCAGGACAGAGCUGGGCAGACACACCCACAUGCACAACUCUACCUUCUCCAGUGCCACCCUUGGGCCCUUCUUCUGGUUGCUGUUCAAGAGCCCACAGCUGGCGGCCCAGCCCAGCACAUACCUGGCAGUGGCGGAGGAGCUGGAGGGAGUUUCUGGAAAGUACUUCGAUGGUCUCAGAGAAAAGACGCCAGCCCCUGAAGCUGAAGAUGAGGAGGUGGCCCGGAGGCUGUGGGCUGAAAGUGCCCACUUGGUGGGCUUGGAUAUGUCCUGUGGGUCCCCUGGGAGGGGACAGUCUCUCCCCAGAUAACCUCUGGUGAAGAUGCAUCACCAGAGCCACUGCCGGCUAAGCCUUUAUCAGCCUUUAGGGGAAGAAUGAAUACUCUGAGUCUCAAAACCUGGAACUGACUGCCAUGCCCAUAUCAUCGUCUAGGGGCAGUGCUGGCACCGUUUGAAUAUCGAGACCAAGGAUGCUGGCUGCUGUUUCCUCAUCAUCCUCUUGGGGCAGUGUUGUCCCUGCCUGAACUCAAGACAGGAUGCUGGCUACCAUUCUCUCUUUGUCUUCUAGGCAGCACUGUUUAAAUCUCAUUAUCAAGGAUGCUGGCUGCUGUAUCCUCCUCAUCCUCUGGUGGCAGUGUUGCCCACAUAUAAACGCCAGACCAAGGAUGCUAUGCACUCAUUAUCCUCUAGAUGGAAGUGCUGACCCAGGCUCUUACUGUUUGCUGGCCACAGUGGAUUGGAUCACAAGUGGACACCUGACUCAGGGACUGGCUGGUACAGGGUGCCCUGUUGGCAGCUGGGGAGCUGGGCCAUCAGGUGCCACCUUUGGGAAUUGCAAAGGGGACUUGCUGAUGGAGGAAUCAGCCCCUCUGGUUGUGGGCAAUGUAGAGAGAGUGCAGUGUCUGUGGUGGUGGACUGGUUGGUGGACUGUUAAGAGUGGGUUAUCUGACAGGUAUGGUUGAGUCAUGGUUCUUUGUGGGGUCUUAGACACUUCCUGCUCCUCUCUGAGCCUUGGGUUUUGAUUGUAAAGUGCACAGGAUAGCUACCUCGUGGGAUGUGGUCAGUAAGCACUUGGCUGACUCAGUGAAGGGCAACUGUGUGCCUCUUGCUUGCAAGUGUUUACCGAGGACCUCUGUGUUCCAAACACUGGCUGAGGUGCUGGGAGUCUGUGGAGACCUGAUGUGGACUCUGCCUGUCUUGUUAUCCUUCAAUUGCUCAGGAUAGAACGAAAUGAAAACCUGGCAGGACCAGAAUUGCUUGCGAUCAUUGGACCUUCCCUGUGGUAAUUUUAAUCUCAGACUGUCAGACUCUGUCUUUGAUUAUAAUAAUAAAGUGUUGGGUGUGGUGGUGCAAACCUAUAAUUUUAGCACUUGGGUGCAGGUGGGAGGAUCAAGAGUUCAG